AGGGCUGUGUCGGAGCAUGCGCAGUGCGUGCAGGAGGAGAACCCUGUUUUGACUGUCACAGCAUUGACCGACUGGUAUCAGGGGUGUUGGAGUGAUUCGGCAUCAGGACGUAGAAUGUGAAUGGAAUGGAAGUCGGAGCACCGAUUCCCUGAUAGGGUGUAAUUAGAGUCUCUCAUUCUCUAAUGAUGCAGGGAGAGGAAAGAAAGAAAAGGAAACAGAAUUUGAAUCCUAGAAGUGUGUCUGAGGAAUACUGUCUCCGAGAACGUCCAAAAGAAGAUCCGUCAAAGAUGAAAAACAAACUGUCUACUUCCGUUGCAGUGAACAGUAAGAAGAGACCCUGGUCAUGGGAUCAGUACUUGGAAGAAGAGCGAGCCAUCGCAGCCCCCCUGAGACUCUUUACUGAAUACCAGUCACUUCCUUGCAGCAAGAAUGGCUUUAAAAUGGGAAUGAGGCUAGAGGGAAUCGACCCCUUGCAUCCUUCCAUGUUUUGUGUACUCUCUGUGGCUGAGGUGAUUGGCUACCGUCUGCGUUUGCACAUCGAUGGUUACUCAGAGUGUUAUGACUUCUGGGUUAACGCCGAUUCCCCUGAUAUUCGGCCAGCUGGAUGGUGCGAGUCCACAGGUCGCAAACUACACCCUCCAAAAGGUUAUAAGAUAAAUGAGUUUAACUGGGAGAAAUACUUGGAGUCUUGCAAUGCUCAGGCUGCACCAAAGAAUCUGUUCAAAUCCCAAAACAGUAACACUACCACCUCAAAAUUUGAAGUGGGCAUGAAACUGGAGGCAGUAGACAGGAAGAACCCCUGCCUGGUGUGUGUAGCCACUGUGGCUGACAUCGUAGACAACCGCUUUCUGGUUCACUUUGACAAUUGGGACGACACUUACGAUUACUGGUGUGAUGCCAGUAGCCCCCAUAUCCAUCCUGUGGGCUGGUGCCAGGACCACGGACGACCACUUACAGCACCUCAGGGACACCCGAAUCCUGAACACUUCAUAUGGGAGGAGUAUUUAGAAGACAAUGGUGCUUCUGCAGUUCCAAGCCAAGCUUUUUGUAUGAGAGCCCCUCAUGGAUUUCAGAACAACAUGAAGGUAGAGGUGGUUGACAGGAGAAACCCCAUGCUGAUCCGUGUGGCCUCGAUUGUUGACGCUGAAGACUACAGAGUCAAGGUGCACUUUGAUGGCUGGCACUCUAAGUUUGACUUCUGGGUCGAUUCUGACCUGCCAGACCUUCAUCCUGUAGGCUGGUGUGCGAGGACGGGUCACCCCCUGGAACCGCCGCUGACAAACGCAGGACCUUCUGACCUCAAGAGCUCCAUGACGCAGGGAGUGUGCCCAACCCCAGGCUGCAGAGGGGUGGGCCACAUCAAGGGUGCAAAAUACACAGGACACCACAGUGCCUUCGGCUGUCCCUACUCAGACAUCAACAUGAAGAAAGAGGUAGUGCUGCCUGAUCGGCUCGGUGGUGAAAAACAAAUCACCUUCGUCCCGGUGCAUUUUGUGCAGAAAACCAAGAGGCUGUGUGCUGAGCAAGAGGAGGAGGAAGAGGUGAACGACAAAGAUGGCCAUGAGGAGAGCAGGUUUCAGGCUCUGAAACAGCUUCAUGGUGAAAUCAUCCUAGCAGCGAGCGGACAGGCUGAGCAUCAUGUUUAUUCCCAGCAGAAGGCUUGGAGGGAAGAGCUGUCCGGCUGUGAUACAGCACCUCGUCCUCGUGGUCGGCCCCCAGGCCAUGCUACAAUAAAGAGAGAAUACAAGGAGGAACCUUCAUCUCAGGGACAGAAGGCAUACUCACCACUGGGGAAGCGUAACCGUUUGACCACCAGGAUUGCACAGUCAACGAAAUAUCUGCGCAUCAAAGAUGAGGAGGAGGAAAUUGAGCUAAAUAGCAUGAUUGCAGAGAAAAACGUGGACAGUCUCCAGCAGGCCCUGCAUCAGUCAGUCUUCCUGUCAGCCAUGUCUGCUCAGCCUGGGCGUGACUUGCCGCUGUGCUGGGAGCAGCACUGUAAGCUCCUUCCCGGUGUGGCUGGGGUGCAGGCUACCAGAGUCGCCCACUGGACAGUGGAGGAGGUUGCUGACUUCAUCCACUCUCUCCCGGGCUGUGAGGAACAAGCCAAGCAGUUUCGAGAGGAGCAAAUCGACGGCAAGGCGUUCCUCCUCCUCACACAGCGCGACAUUGUGAAGAUCAUGAGCGUGAAACUUGGCCCUGCUCUAAAAAUCUACAAUUCCAUCCUAAUGUUCAAGCACGCUGAAGACAACCAAUCGGCAAGCAGCGAUACCAAUACAUGAAGCCCAGCUGAAUCUGACCCACUCCAUCCUCUUACAAGCUUAUGUGAAUCUAGAUGUGUACUGUAUCGAUGCAUUCCAACCUCCUGACUUCCAGUCCCUUUCUUAGACUUAGAGGUAUCUAUAAAGACUGUCUCUUCAGGUUUGAUUUCUUCAAACCUCUGACUUUCAGGUUCUAGUGUUUUUGUCCUCUGUUCGCCGACUUUCAAACCUGCCUUUAAAUGUUUCCCCAUGGCAUAAAAGUGGAGUUUAACCAAGCCAUGUCCCAGUAUGUUUUUCCUCAUAGGUCUUGCCCUUCUCCCUCUCCUCCAGUAGCUCCCCCACCGACAUUAAAACGAACUGACAAUCAACCACACAAAUAAGAUCAAGCAUAGCCGACUUUGGCAACAGGGGUUUUCUUGGUGAAGGUGCUAUUUAAUACAACCCACUAACAGCCAUUGAUAUGUAGAUUUCAGUGAUCAUGUCUCGUGAUUUAAGACCCUUUGUGCUUAUUUUAGUAUCUAUUUUGUAUAGAUAUCUAAUUUUCUCUCUUCCUGCUGAUUCAUGAUCUUUAUUUAUUGUGCAAGGACAAUUGUGCAAAGUUGAAGGAAAAGUAAUAUAUUGUAUAUUAUGAAUUUAAAAAUGCCAAAAGGAUUUUUUUUAGGAUUUGAGAAUGUUUAUUUUUGUGAUGUAUUGCGCAUUAUCCUGAUGACUUUGAGUGGUUAUCCCAAACCUUUUCAAUGAGUGUUCAAAUUAAUCUAAAUUGCUAUUGAGUUUUAAUUUAAAGUAGCUACGAUACUUUGAGUAAUUUCUGUAGUAAGUGCUCAGAAAGUAAGCUUACUCAGCUUAUCAGCUUUAAUUCUAGGUUGGUUACGCUUAUGAGACUACUUCAAGCCUUUUUAUAAACUUGUAUGAAAGAUCAAAUCAGGGAGAUUUUCUGGUAACUAAAAGCCUCUUCUAAUGCACAUCUAUAGAAAAAUAAAACAUUCACGAUACGUUUCUGAAGUGAGUGGAAAUUAAGGUAGAAAAAUCGCAUCUUGCCGAGUUCAGUUCAAGUGUUAGUGUAAUUCCGUUUCCUGUCUUUGUCAUGGGUUUAUUUUGUUGUUUGGGGGGGGGGGUUGGUUCCUAUACAAUAUUUUCAAGACUGGUGCAAUGAUACAGUAAGCUGGUUCCACCUCCAGCUUCCAUUAACCAAUUGCAUCUGAUUAAGCUUUGAAAUGUACUGUAAAUAUUUCUUAAUCCAAUUUCUUACAAUGAAUUUUCUCUUUCUACAACAAAAUACAUUCACAAGUGCACAACCCAAAUAAAUGACAAAUUUCCUGUC